UAUAAAUUAUUUCAUGCAAGAAUGAACUGAUGCAAUACAAAGCAAAGCUUAUCACAAAAAGUAUUAGUUGGUUUUUCUUUCGAUAAAAAAAUGGCUUAUCUUAGGCUAGCUCAUUUGGUUGUCUUCUUGCUUGCCACAUUUUCAAUAUUUCCGAUGAUGAAGGGUGCAGAAGAAUGUUCGGGUAUUUGUUCGCCAUUUCAGAUGCCACCAUGUCCCUCAAGCAACUGUCGUUGCAUUCCACUUGUACUAGCUGGAGGAAACUGCGUAGAUCCAUCAUCUCCAACUAUCACGAAGAUGGUUGAGAAACAUGCUAACUUAUGUCAAUCUCAUGCUGAUUGCACGAAGAAAGGAAGUGGUAGCUUUUGUGCUCGUUAUCCUAAUCCUGAUAUCAAAUAUGGAUGGUGUUUUUCCUCAAAUAGUAAAGCACAAGAAGUAUUCUUCAAGAUUUCCUCUAACCCUCGAUUUAUGGAAGACUUAAAGAUAAAGCCUGGUACAUGCGGGAGCUUCUUUUAUUAAUGUGAAGAGAAAAAAAGCAUGCAUUACAUGAUGUAUCUCAUAUUUUGAAUAAAUCAACAAUCUUUAUUUUGAAAGAAUCUAUUGUAUUUCUUAGAUAUCCAACAAGAUUAUAAUAAAUGUUCCAUGGA